GGAAUGUUUGCUUCUCCGACUCCGCCUUAACGAUCCCUUUCUUAACCUUUUUAAUGGGUAAUGUUGGAAUCUGAUUCCGAGACUCCAUUUCGGUAUAAAAACCUCUGGAUGUUAACGGAGACCGGUUUCCAGCCCAAGAUGUCAGGCUAUUCUAGCGGAGAAGCGUCUCAGGUGGAGCGGGGAUCUGAGAAUUUUGGGUGUUCGCACUAUAGAAGGAGAUGCAAGAUCAGGGCACCCUGUUGCAAUGAGAUAUUCCAUUGCAGACAUUGCCACAACGAAUCUAAGAACUCGAUUGAAAUUGAUCCUUUAGAUAGACAUGACAUUCCGCGCCAUGAUGUAGAGAAGGUUAUAUGUUCCUUGUGUGAUACAGAACAACCUGUUCAACAACACUGUGCCAAAUGUGGGGUUUGCAUGGGGGAGUACUUUUGCUCUAUAUGCAAGUUCUUUGAUGACGAUGUUACAAAGGAACAUUACCACUGCAAUGAAUGUGGCAUUUGCAGAACUGGUGGAGCUGAAAAUUUUUUCCACUGCAGUAAAUGUGGAUGUUGCUACUCAACAGUGUUGAAGGAUUCACACAAUUGUGUGGAGAAAGCCAUGCAUCAUGACUGCCCAGUUUGCUUUGAGUUCCUCUUUGAAACAACAAAGGACAUUGCUGUCUUACGUUGUGGGCAUACCAUUCAUUUGGAAUGUGUAAAACAGAUGGAGCGUCACUCCCAGUAUUCUUGCCCUGUUUGCUCAAAAUCAUAUUGUGAUAUGUCUCGUGUGUGGGAAAUACUUGAUCGUGAGAUUGCUUCAACACCAAUGCCUCAAAUUUAUCAGAAUAAGAUGGUAUGGAUCCUCUGCAAUGAUUGUGGGGAAACUUCAGAGGUAAAGUACCAUGUUUUGGCACACAAGUGCGUGAAGUGCAAUUCAUAUAAUACAAGACAAACUCGUGGAGGCCUUGCCUCGUGCUCCUCAGGGAUUGAGGAGAAAAUGCUGAGAUGGCGGAUUUAGUGGUGAUCAAUGUUCCUACUUUCUUCAAGGCUUCAAAUGGUUUUUACUUGAAGAUGAUAGAAAAAAAAAGGGGGGGCUUUCACUUCAAGGUCCAAGUUAUUUAUUCACAGCUGUGGAGUGACGAAAUUUCACCUUAGGCAAUAGGUGGUUGCCAGAAUACUCAUUGCUUUAGUCUUUUUCCUGUUCUUGUUUCUGUAUGUCUCUGCAUUGUAGGAAUGUGUUCAAUAGAAGGCUGAUCAUAUUUGUAACUAGUACCGUGUACUAACGUGUCAUGGAAGGAUCAGAUGCUGUGUAAUAUGGCAUUACUGGUAAGAAAUAAAUUUACGUUUG